AAAAAUUAUGACAGAAGAAGCAGGAGUGAAAAAAUGGACGCCAUUGUUCUAGCUGGUGACGAGUUGUGAAAGAAAUUUGUGGAAAAAUGGCGAAACAUCAUUCCGAAUAGUACUAAAGUUACAAGCUGCGAGAGCUCUUGCCACUAGUCACCGGAAGUGGAUAAAUUGGCUCGGUUCAGGUGCUUCACUAGGCUGCAAAGUGGUUUUUUCACCACAUCCCAAACGCAAUCCGCAAAGAAAGGUCCCCAUGAUCCAGCAGGGCCUUCUCGCGAACGGAUGCACACGAAAAAUCAGAAAAGCUAGCUUGUAGGAUUUUGCAGGAAGCUGGUGGCCAAUGUUCACGACCAUGUACAUAAGAAAUAGCUCGGGUUUCAUCGCUUUUUCGGUUCUGAUAGUUUUCGCAAUCUCGAUUACCCGUAGUGCAGAUGAACCAAAAACAAUCAAGUAUAGCAUUGUCCAGGGAUGGGCGGACAAACUAGGCGGAGAAUUAGCAUCCUUAGGAGAUUUUAUAACUAGAAGAAAAGACGUAGAAGAUAGUUUUAAACAAGCACAAGUAGUUAGCAAAAAUGGACAAAAAAUUGUGGAAGAGAUGGCCAAAGACCUCAAGUACAUGAUGGAUGCGAAAGUGAGCGCCGUCAAGCGGAUAAUGGAUACCGCCGAAAAUACGGCCAUAUCAUACGACGAAGAACCAGUCAACCAAAGUUUCCAGUACUACAAUGCAAAAGAGAUGAUCGAACCGGGCGAGAUCAUUACCACACCGAUACCGAUGAUCGACGAAGAUCCCGCAGACAUCACCACGCCGAUUCCGCCCAAGGAGAUCGUCCUCACCAAAAAGAAGCACUUCUUCAACGAGGCGGUCAAUACCUCGGUCAGCUCGGUGCAUGUGCCUACCAAUGUGUACGAUAGAGCAACCGAAGUGAUCAAGGCGAUCAAGUGGUCCGAAGCGUUGGACUCGAUCUUCUACAACAACUACAUCGGUGACCCGACCCUAACGUGGCAGUACUUUGGCAGCUCCACGGGCUUCCUCCGACAGUUCCCGGCGACCAAGUGGGUGGAGGAUCCGGUCGAUCUCUACGACUGUCGGCUGCGCUCGUGGUACAUUGAGGCGGCCAACAGUCCGAAAGAUGUCAUUAUCCUAGUAGACAGCUCCGGUUCCAUGACGGGCCAGCGCAAAGACAUCGCCAAGCACGUCGUGUCCAACAUUCUGGACACGUUGGGUCCUAACGAUUACGUCAACAUCUUCACUUUCUCCGAAGAGGUGACCGAAGUUGUCGAUUGCUUCCGCGAUACCCUGGUCCAAGCCAACAUGGGUAACAUCCGAGAGCUGAAGCUAGGAAUGGAUAACAUCGAAACGACUGAGAUCGCGAACGUUUCGGCGGCGCUGACCAAGGCGUUCGAGCUGUUGGAAACCUUCCGCGAGAGUCGCAACGGCGCUCGGUGCAACCAGGCCAUUAUGCUCGUCUCGGACGGUGUUCCGUACAGCUUCGAGGACAUUUUCGAACAGUACAACUGGAAGGAGCUGCCAUUCAUUCCGGUGCGGAUUUUUACGUACCUGAUAGGUCGAGAGGUUGCCGAUGUCAAGGAGAUCAAGGAAAUGGCCUGCAAGAAUCAGGGCUAUUAUGUACACUUGAGCACGCUGGCCGAGGUCCGGGAAGAGGUGCUGAACUACAUACCGGUGAUAGCGAGGCCGCUGGUGCUGAACAAACGGGAACAUCCGGUGGUGUGGUCCGAGGUGUACGCGGAUGUCGAGGACCCAAAAAUGACAGAUUGGUUGUGGGAGAUCAAAGAAAGAGCCGAACAAAAGGAGCGGUUCAUUGAUUACCGCAAAAAUAGAGUAAUUUUCUUUUCUCCGGAAGAACAGCAUCGCAGGAUGAUUAUGAAGCAGCGAAUGAAUCAAGAUCCUUACUCCAACAACCAGAAGUACAAUUUCAUGACCACAGUGUCGGUGCCUGUGUUUGACCGUCGAGAAAAUGCUAACAUCACCGAAGACAUUCUCAUCAAUGAGGCUUACUGGGUUACGAUAACACGAGAGACCAAGGUAGCAAACAUUCUCGGUGUUGCUGGAGCUGAUGUACCGAUCGCGGAAAUCAAGAAAUAUUUGAAGCCUCAUUUGCUUGGAGUCAACGGGUACGCCUUUAUCGUUACGAAUAACGGCUAUAUUCUAACGCACCCCGAUUUCCGUCCAGUAUUUCAAGAUAUUUUAAAACCAGCCUACAAUACGGUUGACAUGAUAGAAGUUGAGCUAACCGAUGACGACCGUGGACCACGGGACUUUAAUCUUGCCUUAUUGCAUAUACGAGAAUCUAUAAUUAAUCAAUCUACCGGAGCGAAAUGGGUUCACGUGAAGUACCAUUUCGAUGAAAUGAAACGGGUGUCCCGAACUCGCCGACAGUAUUACUGGACUCCGAUCAAAAACACCCCAUUCACUUUGGUGGUGACGUACCCAGAAACCUACGGUAUCCAUCGUCUGCAGAUUCGAACGGAAGAUGAGAUACACCGGAUUCUUGCCAAAGGCAGCAAUGUCGCUGGCUUUUUCAGUGGCAUAAAUUGGAAAAUUCAUCCGGACUGGGUAUAUUGCAAAUACUUGAACGAACACGCAAAUGAAACGUUCGCCACUCCUGAACUGGAGUUGAAACACUUCCUCGAACGGAUGAAACUGGGCGGCUGGAAAUGGCCAGCGCUACGAACACCGCCUCCACCAGAGCAUGCCAUGUUUUCUAACAUUUCGACCCGAAUGCCUGAAAAGGACUACUAUUACUGCGAUCGCCAGCUGAUGCAAGCCCUGGUCUACGAUGCCAAAGUGACGGAAUGGUUCUCCAAAAAUACCAGCGGAGGCAGCGGUAGCAGGGAUGAAAAAGGCGGCCCUAGCCCAAUUGCAGUUUUGAUGGGUUUAUUGCCAAGGAAUGAAUUCAAGCAACGAUUCGGAGUUACGGUUUCGUUUUUGGCAACCCACAGUGGGCUUACCAGGUGGCAGGACCACAUGAACUUUGGCGAUGAGUCCAAGCAAUCGGAACCGGACUUCAGCGAAACGCACAACCGAGCGAUCGACGAGAUUUGGUACAAACGCGCCGUGGAGCUCUACUACAACAACAAGAACAAGCGCAGCCCGGACGAUAACAGCAAGGACGACGACGACAAGAACAGCUACGUCUACUCGGUUCCUUUCGAUGCGGGAAACCGGAACGACACCCUGGUGACGGCCAGCAGUGCCAUCUUCCAUACCGACGGCGGCAAGGAAACGCCGGUGGCCGUGGUUGGCUUCCAGUUCCACCACUCGGCCAUGUACACCCUGUUCAAGAACAUCACCAGCCAGUGUCGGCCGAACAGUGAUCACACUUGCGAGAAGACGUGCUUCACCGGCGAUUACCAGUGCUACGUGAUAGACAACAAUGGGUUCGUGGUGAUCAGCGAACAGCUCCAGGAGACGGGAGCGUUCUUCGGGGAGGUGAAACCGGCAUUCAUGCAGCGAUUGAUCGAUGAUGGGAUUUUCAAGAACGUCACCAUCUACGACUACCAGGCGGUCUGCUUCAUGGGGAAGCACAUCAUCAAUUUGGGGAAUAUCAUACAGACGCCAUUGAAGGUGAUUUGGUGGUUCCUGAAGAACGCAGUUUCCUACGUCCUAUGGUUGAUAGUGCAGAUAUUCUUCACUAUCGUGAACGCAUACGACGAAGUGCCGUACGAUAAUCAGUACGAUGCGAUGUCAGAUCCGGACUUUGAGGACCCAACGGCAGGUCGGUACAAGGAACCGGAGUUCAAUAAGGUUCUGAUCAACCGAACGCGACCGGAGCCUUGCGAUCACGUCAUCACGCUGUACGAGCUCAACAAUGAUGCCGAUCCGACCUUGUACCACAAGGACGCCCAUCAGUGUGAAAGACCAUACGUGGUACUACCAGUCCCAUCCAGUAAUCUGAUACUGCUGGUUCUGGAUACGCUGUGUCCAUUGCCUUCGCACGUCCCGGUGCUUACUACGUGGCCCGUUGAGCACGAUUACAACGCUAGCUUGGCGUGUCACAAGGUCCGAAGUGUGGAGCUUCCACGAAGGCGACCCCUCACCUGCAUCAACAAACAUGCGAAUGAAAGCAUAAUCGAACUGUGCGGUCGGGGAUCCACGUUGGUCGGAUCAAGUUGGGCGUUGUUGAUAGGGAUCGUACUGCUAUUGAGACAACUGCUGUAUGUAAAUCUUGAUUAAAUCCUCAUUGUGCUUAUCUCUGGCUCCCUCGAAAAGGGCAUGCAUUGCGGGUUUUGCGAUAAUCCAAACUUUUAAUAGCUAUGAUAGUAAGGACAAAUACUGAGAGCUUUCAACACGGAUCCAGCGUACCAAUGGUGAGAGUGGUUUUCGGAUGCGAGGAACAUUCAAAACAGUUAUCAGCCGAACGAACUCACCACUGGGUGAACAUCCUUCCGGAUGAAAAACAAAAACGAACAAGUCUCAACAACUCAUACCUAGAAAUAGCUACAAUUUAAUUGUUACUUUCGAUUUUCAAUGAAAGAAGAAUUUAAGUAUCACUUUGACGUGAAAUUAAACCAAAGCGUUAUAUUUAGUACAAUAAUCGCUUCUAUAGAAACAUUUCAUCUAUUUAGCAAAAUUUUGUUACUCAUUCUCACAAGAUUUUUAAUACUAACAAUACUUAAGUCUCUUGGAAGAUAAACACAUCAAGAGAAUCAACAAAAAUAAGAAUAAACAUUUAGUUACCGAUUACGAUGUGCUACAAAACUGUUCUUAUAAUUAGAGUUUAAUCAAUCUCAUCUCCUGUACAAAGUGACAAGACGAAUCCGCGAUAAGUUACGUGGUAGUGAAAUGGAGUAAGCCAAAGUUUAGAGGUGGAAGGUGAUAGGUAUGUUAGCUCUGAUUUAGCAAAAUGGAUCCAGAAAGGGUUUUGUUUAUGUUUGCAUCGUUUAGAUAAGUUUACUGAAUGCAUUCCUCUCCAUUUUAAAGUUUUGCAUAAUAAAUAUUAAGUUCACACCAAAUCAUCGUAAUGAUUCGUGGUAGAUUGUAUAUGUUAAACAAUCGAUAGUAUGGCGCAAUGGGAAUUUGAAACACGAUCACCUGUUUAAGCUUGUAAUAAUAAUUGCAUAUAAUCGUUGAAGAUUUGGUGUGAGCUUUACAACCCUGGUACGAUGUUUUAGUUUAUCUUAAACUUUGAAUACUGUUGCAUUGCGUUGUUGAUUUUAACUGGUUAGAAACGAAUAUAUUUAAUAUCUGAACAAUAGUCAAAUUGCUAGAACUCACCUAGCUUACAAAAUAGUUUACAAUUGAUUGUUAUUAGUUGAUUAUAACGUAAAUUUAAAAACAACAGCAAUGAAUAAAGAAUGACUCAGCUGCGAAUAGAUCCGAAUCCGAGUGGGCAAACGAAGCGAAGAAUCAACACUUGUAUAAUUAGAAAAUAACUCGCCAAUAAUAAACUACAAAACAAGCAAACAAACAGAAGUGAGAGUCGAUUGAAAAUUUUGUACUUGUUGUAAAUCUUGAACCUUAAGCAAAACAAAGUGACUAAGCAAAGGCAAACCGUUUUUCCAAAUUUUUAGCAAACUUUUUCCAUAAACGCUGAAAAUGAACCGCUUUUCCUUCUAUACCCUUCAUCCCAUGCAGGCGUGGCGCUCUCCAGUUGCGGGCGAGAGUCACCCCAGUAGUUGCUUGAAACAAAUCUAUUCAGUACAUAAAACAAAACAUUGCAGCGUAAUUAAUAGGCAAAAAGGCGAACCAGGUGCAAACCACUAGAAUAAAGGGUAACUUAAUUCUGGCAGUUGCGUGCUAAAAGAAGCGAAUCUAGCGGAGAGUAAACUGAUUUUUUUCAAUUACAUUUUUUGAUAAUAAAAUCUGUGAUAAAACAAAUAA